AUGAGAUGGGGCGCUCGCAUAGCACUAUGUGCUAGUCUAGCACUCAUCUUGCCCUUAUAUCUCUUGAAGAUCCACCUCGAGGACCUUUGCGAUCAGUAUCGCGCGGGCGCAUAUCUGAUCAAUUGGCUGGAUUUGCGCCCGCCGAUGAACACAUUAAAUGGCUCUCGUCCUGUCACACCAGGGGAUAAAGUGAUUGUGAUGGCCAGGCUACAGGAAGAGCACACUGAAUGGGUCGAGCAGGAGCUACCAGACUGGCAACGUGCCAUAUACAUCGUGAAUCCCUCCAAAAAGGUCGCAGCUGACGGCACAAUACUCACAACCCCGCUGAACAAGGGUCACGAGUCCAUGGCUUAUCUCACCUACCUAAUUGAUCACUACGACACCCUACCAUCCACUAUUGCUUUCCUUCAUUCCCAUCGCUCGGGUUUCCUGAUGGCCUGGCAUGUAGAUGCGCCCUUACACGACAAUGUCAUUGCGAUGAAAUCCCUGCGUCUCAACUUCGUCCAAGACAAUGGCUAUGUCAACCUCCGCUGCAACUGGAACCCGGGGUGCAAGCAGGGCCAUCGCACCAACCAGCACGUGACGGAAGAAGUCUUUGCAGAGAUAUUUGAGGGCACCAGCACCCCGCCUUUGAACUCCACCGGGGGCCUUACGAUGCAAGAUGAAUACGACGAAGCUAAAUACCAGAAGUUCCUGCAAAUGCCGAAACAGAUUGGCGCGGCGUGCUGUGCGCAAUUCGCCGUGUCCCGGGAGCAGGUCCACCGACGACCACGAGAGGACUACAUCAAGAUCCGCCAGUGGAUAAUCGAUACCGACAAGGAUGACGCCAGUAGUGGCCGUGUCAUGGAAUUUCUCUGGCAUGUCAUAUUCGGCAAAGAAUCAAUAUACUGUCCCGACGAAGAAGUCUGCUACUGUCAAGUUUAUGGACAAUGUUGA